AUGCGUAUUGGGCAGUGGUUACGCGUGGAUAGAUCAGACAUCAUGCGCGCCAACCUCUCUCUCCUCGCCGGCCUGUUGUCCCUGACGGCGACUGUCGUCUCAGACGUAACAUGGCCGGCCUCAACGGACGAACUGGAGGAGAUAAUGUACCAGUUGUACGGAUUCAAUGCUCGACUCUUCGCCGAUAACGUAACCCCGUGUACGAAGGAGGCAUCAGGACCGGGUCGACAGAAUGCCGCUGAGUGGCUUCGCGUUGCCUUCCAUGAUAUGGCAACUGCCAACCCAUACUUCGGCCUUGGUGGCAUCGAUAGUUCUUUGAUGUUCGAGUUGAACAAUGGAGAGAAUACCGGACCAGGUCAUAACACGACUCUGCAAACUUACGCGAACUACCUCUCGUCCAGGAGUAGCAUGUCAGAUCUAAUUGCUCUGGGAACAUAUGCGUCGGUACGGUCUUGUGGUGGACCAAUUAUCCCCAUCAAGGGUGGACGAAUCGAUGCAACAUCAGCGGGUAGCCCGGGCGUCCCCCAGCCACAGAAUGCUAUCAGCAUUUUCAUCUCGCAGUUUUCCCGAAUGGGUUUCACUCAGACAGAGAUGAUUCAGCUUACCGCUUGUGGUCACACACUGGGCGGAGUUCACUCCCCAGAGUUUCCAGCUCUGGUGCCCCCCGGUUCUGCAACAAAUGACGAAGCCGCCCUGGACACUACUCCCGGAGCCUUUGACAAUAACGUUGUCACGGAGUAUCUCGAUGGAACGACUAAGAACCCUCUUGUUGUAGGGCCGUCUGUUGCCCUUAAGCAGAACUCUGAUUUUGUUGUCUUCAAUUCUGACAACAAUGCCACAAUGCAAGGCUUGAGAGAUGCCGCUGUCUUCAAGAGUACCUGUGGCACCCUUUUCCAAAGAAUGAUCGACAUUGUCCCGUCCGGCGUUACUCUGUCUGCCGCUAUCACGCCAUAUACCGUCAAGCCUGUCAAUAUGCAACUCACCUUGAACACUGGAGGCUCAACAAUGCUACUGACCGGUUACAUUCGUGUUCGAACGACAACAUUGACCCAAGCGAUCUCGACCGUCACGUUGACUUAUAAGAACCGGAACGGCGCUAGCAGUUGCGGUGGAAGCUGCAGUACCACAGCCAUUGUCACUGGCACGACACGGGGUUUCGAUGAUAGCUUUGAGUUCUUCCCAAUCUCCACCAGCAUCCCAACGGCAACCGGUAUUUCAUCGUUCACUGUCACCGUCACUCUUGCGGAUGGCACCACCCAGACUUAUGACAACAAUGGAAACUCCUAUCCGAUAUCUGAUGCUGUCUUCAUCCAAAAGCCACAGAGUUGUCUUCUUCAGGGAACCGGCGCUCUCACUGUUUCGGCCUUGGUUCGCAACGACCGCACGUCGCUGCCAGUGAACGUGACUGUCACCUACAAAACGGCACGAACGGGCAUCGCGGCUCCCAAGCUCAACACCGCGAGCAUCGCCCUGACCAAGGGCAACUGUGUAGGUGCUUACACCUUCUAUAGCACUAGCUACACGAUCACUGGAGGCAUGAGCUCUCUAGCCAAGCUGGAUAUUGUAAGCGGUAGCGGCACCGAUGUUGUCUCUGAUUCAUUCAAGGCCGCCUCCGAUUUGGCUGGUACCUGUGCCACCUACUCUGGAAGCGCCGCCUGUGGAUCUGUUACGGUCAGCUCGGUAAUCCCAUCUUCAACUCUUGCCACCGUCACAACGACUAGCAGUAUUGCUCCAACCGCUACGCUUGAGCACAAGUCGAAGAUCGGAGGAUACAACUUGGUGUCCUGCUGGACUGAGGGAACUGGCGUACGAGCUCUAUCCGGUGCUGCAUUCGCCUAUGACGGCACACUGGGUAUCAAGCCCAUCAUCGGAAAGUAUUCCUUCGUCGGAUGCUGGACAGAGGGAACAGGCGUGCGAGCUCUUUCCGCGAGCACGUAUGCGGAUGAUGCCAUGACCUUGGAGUCUUGUGCUGCGUUCUGCUCGGCCUACAAGUACUUCGGAACCGAGUAUGGCCGUGAAUGCUAUUGUGGCGACACUCUUGCUGCUUCAAGCGCCUCUGCUCCCGUCGCCGAUUGCAACAUGAUUUGUGCCGGCAGCCCCUUACAGUAUUGCGGAGCAGGCAACCGCCUUGAGCUCUAUUCCCAGCAGCGCGGCCCCAUCAUCCAGCAAGCUGAGCUCGACGACAUCCUCUGUGAUCUCAUCUACGUCAAGCACUCGGCCACCAACCACAACAUCAAGUUCGGUGCCGAAGGUACUGGCUCGCGUGCUCUGGCUGGUGCCGCGUAUACCAACAACACAGCCAUGACGCUCGAGUCCUGCGCCGCCUUCUGCAGCAACUUCAAGUACUUCGGUACCGAGUACGGCCAGGAGUGCUACUGUGGCAACACACUGUCCAGCUCAUCUGCGGCUGCUCCUCUCGCCGAUUGUUCGAUGACAUGCUCGGGCAAUCCCCUUGAGUACUGUGGUGCGGGUAACCGACUAGAGCUGUAUGUCAACAAUGCAUCGACAAGCACUGGCCCCACGCAGCCAAGCAACGUCGGCACCGCUUGGACAUGGUACGGCUGCCAGACCGAAGCCACCACCGGCCGCGCGCUCAGCAGCGUCAGCUAUGCGGCCGACACCAUGACGCUCGAGAGCUGCGCGAGCUUCUGCGACGGCUUUGACUACUUUGGCGUCGAGUACGCACGCGAGUGCUACUGCGGCAACACCUUCGGCGCCGGCUCGGUGAACGCGCCCCCGUCGGAUUGCAGCAUGACGUGCGCGGCGAACUCGAACGAGUAUUGCGGCGCGGGCAACAGGCUGAGCGUCUACUAUAAGGCACAGUCUAAGCGACGGGGGUAUUAG